AGCGUUUUAGUCACAUCGAAGUAGCUAAAAUUGUUUACCAACACAGUUUCACAUUUUAAUUGCUAUCCAGUAUUGGACAUAAUGUGAUUAAAGUUAUUCAUAAAGUAAUGUAAAACAUUGAACGUUAUAUACUACCGAUAACUUUAUAUCAAUUCUUCGUUAAAUACGAGAGAUUUGAACUACAAAAUAAAUAUAACCUCAAAGUUAUAUCAUGUGUACAGAAAAGUUGAAAGAUUCAGGAAAACUAUGCAUUCCAGGCAUGCGCCUGAGUUUAUCGAACAAGGAGUUUGUGUCUGGACCAGGAACGUAUGAACUCAGAGGAUACAUUUAUGCUACCUUGUGUGGGACUCUUAAAAUGGAACAGGAUGAAAAUGAGGUAACAGUAGUAUCAGUAGAAAGUCCAAGGACACCGAGUAUUCUACCUAGGACGGGAGAUAUAGUCACUGCGAAGGUAACAGUUGUGAACCCACGAAUGGUGCAAUGUGUAAUACUAUGUGUUGGCUCAUCAGUACUAGUGCGGCCAUAUCGAGGGAUCCUGAAAAAGGAAGACAUAAAAGCAACAGAAAAAGAUAGAGUGGACCCAUACAAGUGUUAUAGACCUGGAGAUGUGAUCUUGGCAAGAGUUCUCCCUAUGACGGAAAUCCACUGGUACCACCUGUCAACAGCUGAGAAUGAACUCGGAGUAGUGAUAGCGACUGCGGAAGGUUCCCCUCAGGGUAUUAGCAUGUUACCUAUCAGCUGGUCAGAAAUGCAGUGCCCUAAAACACUGGUCAAGGAGUCCAGGAAAGUAGCAAGAGUCAUACCUGAAAAUAUUAACCAAGCUUUAUUCCCGGUCAAGAAUAAUUCAACAACAGAGUUGGAAAUAGAACAAGAUAAAUAAAUAGUUAAAUAUAAUCAUAUUUUUUUUAA